ACACACUGCCCUGACAAGUUUCAGAGGGGUGUGUGUGUGUUAGUUCCUGCAUACUGAAUCAGCUCGGACAGCCUGUGUGUGUUAAUGGUCCUCUUUCCUUGAUUUCUCUAGGUAGAAUAUUUGAAUCUUACUUUGACACAUAGAGAGGAGACCAUUAUUUUGCAGAUUUGGUCCUGAUCCAUCCUAGUUUUGAUAAAGUUGAAGGAAUCCCCUUGGAACAAGACUCACUUAUCAUUGGAAGUUCUGCCUUUACCCACUAGAGUGCUCUUUCAUCAUUCAUUAUAUCUUAGCUACUCCAACAGAAGAGAGCAUUUCUUAUUUCCUGGAUAAAGUUUUGGUGCUGCGUGUUCUUUGACGCAGUGGAUGCCACGGCACAGGUAGACACACAGGAGAAUGUCGGUUAAUCUAAGUAUAAAUGGAGCAACGCUCACGGCCGCGUAUAAAGAAGUGGUGGAUGUGAAGUCUGAUACCAACUGGUGAGCAAGAAGAACUGAAAGAAGCAUUAUAUUAGUUGAUUUAGUUGAAGACAGGUGCAUUUGUAUGUGUGUGUUUGUGAUCAGCAACGAUGAGAGAGAGAGAGAGAAUCUUGCAGUUGUUUUUUUGUCUGUCUACAGGGCACUGUUCACCUAUGAGGGGAACACCAAUGACAUCCGCCUGGCAGAGAAGGGAGGUGAGUGUGGGUCUGCAAUAUGAGCUGUUUGUGCAUGUGUGUAACAGGGGUGGUUCUGGGAACUUGUUGUAUAAUAAGAAGAUACAGUGCCUUGCAAAAGUAUUCCUCCCCCUUGGUGUUUUUCCUAUUUUGUUGCAUUACAACCUGUAAUUUAAAUGGAUUUUUAUUUGGAUUUCAUGGAAUGGGCAUACACAAAAUAGUCCAAAUUGGUGAAGUGAAAUGAAAAAAAUUACUUAUUUCAGAAAAUUCUCAAAAAUAAAUAACAGAAAAGUGGUGCGUGCAUAUGUAUUCACCCCCUUUGCUAUGAAGCCCCUAAAUAAGAUCUGGUGCAACCAAUUACCUUCAGAAGUCACAUAAUUAGUUAAAUAAAGUCCACCUGUAUGCAAUCUAAGUGUCACAUGAUCUGUCACAUGAUCUCAGUAAAUAUACACCUGUUCUGAAAGGCCCCAGAGGUUGCAACACCACUAAGCAAGGGGCACCACCAAGCAAGCGGCACCAUGAAGACCAAGGAGCUUUCCAAACAGGUCAGGGACAAAGUUGUGGAGAAGUACAGAUCAGGGUUGGGUUAUAAAAAAAUAUCAGAAACUUUGAACAUCCCAAGGAGCGCCAUUAAAUCCAUUAUUAAAACAUUUAAAGAAUAUGGCACCACAACAAACCUGCCAAGAGAGGGCCGCCCACCAAAACUCACGGACCAGGCAAGGAGGGCAUUAAUCAGAGAGGCAACAAAGAGACCAAAGAUAACCAUGAAGGAGCUGCAAAGCUCCACAGCGGAGAUUGGAGUAUCUGUCCAUAGGACCACUUUAAGCCAUACACUCCAGAGUUUUCUGUUUUUGUCUUAUUUCUUGUUUGUUUCACACAAAAAAAGAUUUUGCAUCUUCAAAGUGGUAGGCAUGUUGUGUAAAUCAAAUGACACAACCCCCCCCAAAAUCCAUUUUAAUUCCAGGUUGUAAGAACCUGGAUAAAAUAGGAAAAAUGCCAAGGGGGGUGAAUACUUUCGCAAGCCACUGUACAUCAUAUUGCGUAGGCUUUAGUUUAGCUGGCUAACAUGGUCAUGUGUGUGUGUGUGUGUGUGUAGACGGUGGUCUGGAGGAGAUGGUGGAGGAGUUGAGCAGUGGGAAGGUGAUGUAUGCCUUCUGUCGCGUCAAGGACCCCAACUCUGGCCUGUGUAAAUACGUCCUCAUCAACUGGGUAAGUAGCACCCAUCCACACACAUACAUCCACACACACACACCACCCUCAAAGCAUAACGAUCACUAGAAACCUUUGUCAAACCUGCCAUUCACGUGUGUGUGUGUGUUUUUUUAGACAGGUGAAGGGGUAAAGGACUCUCGGAAAGGACAGUGUGCCAACCAUGUCAUUUCCAUGGGUAACUUCCUAAGGGUGAGUUUUACCUGCUUUAAAGAGAGAGAGAGAUGCUCUAAAAUGUUAAUUCUCUACAAUCGAGCUGUGUAGACUCUCUCUCUGACCAAUCUCAUUGCUGCAGGGUGCCCAUGUGACCAUCAAUGCACGGGGAGAGGACGACGUGGAGCCAGAGAGUAUCAUGGGUAAAGUGGCCAAUGCGUCUGGUGCCAACUUUAACUUUCGCAAAGAGACACAGAAAUACAGCGACGUACCCAGUGGACCUGUGGUGAGAACACACACACACGCUCACGCACGCAUGCAAGCAUACACACACAUAGUAAUGUGUUGUUGUGUUUCAGGGGUCGGUGUACCAGAAGACUAAUGCUGUGGAUGAGAUUCUGCAAACCAAAGAGACACAGAAAUAUGACAUACCCAGAGGACCUGUGGUGAGUACAUACAUACAUACAUACAUACAUACAUACAUACAUACAUACAUACAUACAUACAGAUGUAAUGUGUUGUUGUGUUUCAGGGGUCGGUGUACCAGAAGACUAAUGCUGUGGAUGAGAUUCUGCAAACCAAAGAGACACAGAAAUAUGACAUACCCAGAGGACCUGUGGUGAGUACAUACAUACAUACAUACAUACAUACAUACAUGCAUACAUACAGAUGUAAUGUGUUGUUGUGUUUCAGGGGUCGGUGUACCAGAAGACUAAUGCUGUGGAUGAGAUUCUGCAAACCAACAAGGACAACUUCUGGGCCCAAUCUCAGGUAGACCUUCUCAGAUAGCCUAGCCUACAUUUUAUUUGUCAUAUGGAACUAGUAAGCUACAUUGAAGUGCUUGCUCUCAAGACAUAACAAAAUUCCAGACAAAAGUAAUACUAUACUUAUUGUUAUCUCCCUAUCCCUAAUGUGGUUUGAAAUCCUAUUUUGAGUUACUCUGCUGCUGGUUCUUUGGCAGUUUGGUUCAAACAGAAUGUUAAAUUUCUCUCUCAGAGGGAUGACGAGGUGCGUCAGAAGGAGGAGAGCAAGAGAAUGGAGGAGGAGAGGCAGAGGGUGAAAAGAGAGCAAAAAGAGAGGGAUGAAAAGGAGGCCGCAGAGAGACAAAUUAGGGCGAAGGAGAGAGCCUCUCAGAUCGACCAGGCAAAGUCAGUCAUCACAGAUGCACACAACACGCGCGCACACAAACACAUGCUCAAUAUCAUAUUGUCUGUUUUCGUGUCCGUUUGUGUAUCUGUUUGUUUGUGUGACAGGAGUUACCAGAAGCAGCAGGAGUCAGAGUCUAGAGACCAGGAACGAUGUCAGCCGGUGAGCCUUCUAUGUGUGAUUUUACAGUGCCUUCGGAAAGUAUUCAGACAUUUACUUUUUCCACACUUUGUUACGUUACAGCCUUAUUCUAAAAUGGAUUAAAGAAAUAAAAAUCCUCAGCAAUCUACACACAAUACCGCAUAAUGACAAAGCGAAAACAGGUUUGUAGAAACACAAGUAUUCAGACCCUUUGCUAUGAGACUCGAAAUUGAGAUCAGGUGCAUUCUGUUUCCAUUGAUCAUCCUUGAUGUUUCUACAACUUGAUUGGAGUCCACCUGUGGUAAAUUCAAUUGAUUGGACAUGAUUUGGAAAUGCACACACCUGUCUAUAUAAGGUCCCACAGUUGACAGUGCAUGUCAGAGGAAAAACCAAGCCAUGAGGUUGAAGGAAUUGUCCGUAGAGCUCUGAGACAGGAUUGUGUUGAGGAACAGAUCUGGGGAAGGGUAUCAAAAAAUGUCUGCAGCAUUGAAGGUCCCCAAGAACACAGUGGCCUCCAUCAUUCUUAAAUGGAAGACGUUUGGAACCACCAAGACUCUUCCUAAAGUUGGCUGCCCGUCCAAACUGACCAAUUUGGGGAGAAGGGCCUUGGUCAGGGAGGUGACCAAGAACCCAAUGGUCACUCUGACAGAGCUCUAGAGUUCCUCUGUGGAGAUGGGAGCACAUCCAGAAGGACAACAAUCUCUGCAGCACUCCACCAAUCAGGCCUUUAUGGUAGUGUGGCCAGACAGAAGCCACUCAUCAGUAAAAGGCACAUGACAGCACGCUUGGAGUUUGCCAAAAGGCACCUAAAGGACUCUCAGACCAUGAGAAACAAGACUCUCUGGUCUGAUGAAACCAAGGUUGAACUCUUUGGCCUGAAUGCCAAGUGUCACAUCUGGAGGAAACCUGGCACCAUCCCUAUGGUGAAGCAUGGUUGUGGCAGCAUCAUGCUGUGGGGACUGGGAGACUAGUCAGGAUCGAGGCAAAGAUGAACAGAGCAAAGUACAGAGAGAUCCUUGAUGAAAACCUGCUCCAGAGCGCUCAGGACCUCAGACUGUCCAACGGGACAACGACCCUAAGCACACAGCCAAGACAAUGCAGCAGUGUCCUCGAUACAAGUCUCAGAAUGUCCUUGAGUGGCCUAGCCAGAGCCCGGACUUCAACCCGAUCUAACAUAUCUGGAGAGACCUGGAAAUAGCUGUGCAGCGACGCUCCCCAUCCAACCUGACAGAGCUUGAGAGGAUCUGCAGAGAAGAAUGGGAUAAACUCCCCAAAUACAGGUGUGCCAAGCUUGUAGCGUCAUACCCAAGAAGACUCGAGGCUGUAAUCGCUGCCAUAGGUGUUUCAACAAAGUACUGACUAAAGGGUCUGAAUACUUAUGUAAAUGUGCUAUUUCCAUUUCCUAUUUGCUUUGUCAUCAUGGGGUAUUGUGGUUAGAUUUGAGGGGGGGAAAAAACAUUUUGAUCAAUUUUAGAAUAAGGCUGUAACCUAACAAAAUGUGGAAAAAGUAAAGGGGUCUGAAUACUUUCUGACGCACUGUAAAUGUGUUGCACGAAAUGCUUUUGUGCGUUGCAGUAUUCCAAACGUGUGUUUUUGUGUGUCUGCUUUUUAGGAGAAGCAGGAGAGUGAGCGUCAGAACUCUCAGAGGACAAGACCUGCAUCUGUACAAAAAGCAAACGUGAGAGUCUUCACUCACUGUUAGUGUGUGUGUUCAAUAUGUAAUAAUUUACUGAACUGUGUGUCUGUGUCUGUCAGGAGGCAGCAAGUCUGAUCUCCCAGAGGUCCUUCAACCCCAGAGAGCUGUUUAAGAAGAGAGAGGAGAGCGCUUCACUGAACAACACACCCAGCUCCAGACCUGGUAAAAUCAUCUACAAUGUUGUAGUAGUGUUGUAUAGAUAAGCAACAAGGUGGGUAUCGACAUAGAAAACUGGUCAACACUAAACACACUUAAUUUCUUAACGUUAUCAAUAAAUAAUUGACAUAUCAAUAACACAUAUUCUACACAUCUUCCCCUAGCCCCAAUAACACAUAACAGAUAUUAUUCCCCUCCCUUAGGGAAGCUGCAGAGCCCCUUCCUGUCUCAGAAGUCCACUGAGAGAGCGAUGCCCAUCGAACCACAUUCCCCACAAUACCCUGCUUUCCUUCUCCCAGAAGCCCCGGCUCCACUGCUCUCACCUGUCCAACCCGCAGGUAAUACAUGCACCCACACAUACACACCCAUCUGUAUCAUAGAUAACCCUUUAACCCCUGCUCCACUGCUCCCAGAAUACCCUGCUCCACUGCUCCCAGAAACGCCUGAACCAGCUGCCCCGCUCUCACCUGUCCAACCCACAAGUCAGACAUGCAUGCACAGACGAAUGCACACACAUCUGUAUCAUAGCUAAGCCUUUAACCCCUUACUUCUCUGCUCCCAGAAACCCCUGUUCCUCUACUCUCAAACGACUGCUCCUCUGAGCCCAGAAGCCCCUGCUACUGUGCUCCUACAGCCCGAGGCACCAGUUGCCCCACGCUCACAUGUCCAACCCACAAGCCAAACACGCAUGCAUGCAGCUAACCAUUUCCACCACAGGCUGAUUCAUGUCAUAAUAAGGCUGUCUAAAUAAUAUUUGUGUGUAUGUGUGUCAGAGUCUUCCUUCACUGAAGAGGAGUACUGGUCGGAUGAUUUUGAUGAGGAUACAGAGGACACAGCACUAGAGGAUGGUAGGCCUCCGCCUCACACACGCAAACUCAUUUCCAUUCUCACAUUGUUACUGCUUAAAAACUACAGCUGGCGAGGGUCUUUAAAUAUUUAAUCUCUCAGAGCCAACAGUUGCCACCCUGGUUCAGGGUAGAGAGAAGCACAUUGGCCCAGACGAGGUGUACGAGCUCCUGCCAUUGGCAGAGACAAAUGAGGAGGAGAACAUUUAUGAUGAUAUCUACCAGGACACACCCACAGUAAGUCUACAGGAAGUAUGAUGACGUUGCCCUUAGCCAUGUUAUCAAAAAAUUAUUCUGAAUACGUUGGAAAACUCUGAUGUUAUGACUCCACUGUUUUAUUCCUCUUCAAAUCUUCUUUAACUCCCGAUCACUUGAACAAUCUCUCUCAGGUGGUGGAGCAGAGAGAGGAGGCCAGUGGACAGGAUGUGCGUGCCAGGUCUCUGUAUGACUACCAAGCCAGUGAGUGUUGCCCAGCUCUGGGUUCAAAUCAAGUACUUCUCUUUUUCUCAUUUCAUCUGAUCCGUCUUUGCUUCUCUCAUCUUUUCUCUGAUGUCUCACGUCAUAUUCCUUCCCUUCUUUCAUCUCUUCUGGCACCAUUGAAUUGAAUGUAAUAUUCUUUCAUACUUCUCUCCUCUCACCAGCUGAUGACUCUGAGAUCACCUUUGAUCCCGAUGACAUCAUCACAGGGAUAGACAUGGUGGAUGAGGGUUGGUGGAGAGGCUACGGACCGGAUGGACACUACGGAAUGUUCCCGGCCAAUUAUGUUGAGCUCCUGUAGUUCCAAAGCCCUCCCACAUGCCUGUACAACCAAUUAGAGCAUCAGUUGGAUCAUUCUGACUGCGACCCCUGCGAACAGUACAGGGGUAGGAAGGGGGAUGUUUUCCUUGCAGCACAGAUAUUAGGGUUAUAAGUGGAAAGUGAAGAGAAUGGGGGUGCAGGGCUUAUCAGGGAUGUCAGGGAAAGUGACUAUCACUUGAUUACUGUAUAUUAAUCUACAACAGGGCUAAUGUCAGUCUUUAUGACUGUCUGGUUUUAGUCAGGUCUCAGACUAGCAGUCUCUAACUCAGGGUAUUCUAUAAUAUAAUAAUAUAAAUAAUAUGCCAUUUAGCAGA